AAUAUAAAUAAAUUCUUUUCAUCUGUACAGUCAUUUUUCUCUGGCACUUUUUCAUCGUCAUUAAAAAUAGAUGACAUUCUUUCAAAUGCCCAUAUUUUAUUUCAAUUUCAUGGUAUCCUCUUAUAGCAAAUCUUCUUUCAUCAAUGAAUGGAAGUAGUCCCUCUGGAUUAUAUAGAUGUUAGCUUAAAACAGCUUUAUGAAAGGGCAUAUGUAUUAUAGACAUAAUUCUUUUGAUGGGGGUAAUUUCCCAAAAAAAAUUAUACUUAUCUAGUCACGUUGAAUCUGCAGAAAAAUUUGAACACUAUGAAUGGAGGCCUUGAGUCUAUAUUAAAUUUCAAACCCUCUACUUCAGUUAAGAAUGAAGUUGGUUUCCCACAGCCUAUUCCCCAGAAAGCAAAUGAGAAGUAUUCACCUGUUCCAAUGGCCAAUUAUGCCAACCCAUUCUUUGACCAAGCUCCUCUGAUUCAGCCUCCAUUAUCAGUAGCCACAAAAUUGCCAUGGUUACCACAAACGGGACCUGUCAUUGUUGAGCCAUUUUUCCAGAAACGCACAUCACUUCCCAUUUCAACAAAUUUAUCUGGCAGUUCUAGUGAUCACACUCCUCUAAUUCAGUUUCCUUCAUCAGCAGCGAAAGAUUUCCCAUUGUUUCCACAAACAGAAUCUGUUAUUGCUGAACCAAUUUUCGAAAACCCCACAUCACUUUCCAUUUCAACAAAUUUAUCUGGCAGUUCCAGUUGCAUUCAUAAUGAGAAUACAACCUUUCAAGGAAAUUUUGAUAAACUAGAACUUGCAUACCAGGCUCCAGAUGAAAAAUGUACACAACACAUUGCAUUUAAGGAAAUGCAAUCUUAUGCCUAUAACAUGAAGGCAACUAGUUUUGAACGAAGAAAGCACAGAAUCAAGGUAAGAAGGGAUUGCAGGUCUAAAGAACGUCGUCCAUAUCAAGUUUUUGAGAAGAGGUGCUCUAAAUAUAAGAACAAACGACUCUAUAGCUCUAUACUGGCUCAUCUGCAUCCAACAAACACCAAAGAUGAAACCAAGACACAAUUAUCAAAUGAAGGAUUGAGACUCCUUUUGCAGAAGCAGUUGGAAAACAGUGAUGUUAGCAAUCUUGGACGAAUAGUUCUUCCUAAGAAAGCUGCAGAGGCAAACCUUCCACGCCUAGAGAUGAAGGAAGGCAUUGUCAUAUCAGCAAAGGACCAUGACAAUGAUCGCAGUUGGAUUCUCAAAUACAGGUUCUGGCCAAACAAUAAGACUAGAAUGUAUAUAUUGGAAAAUACGGGGGCUUUCAUUCGAGAACAUGGUCUUCAAAAAGGAGAUUUGUUGAUGCUUUAUGAGGAUGAAGAUAGAUAUGUGAUCAGAGGUAUAAAAGCAACAGAAUCAAAAGAAAGUAAUUCAUCUUCAUGUAAGAAUGAACCAAAGUUGGAAUCUAGUGAAGAUGGAGGUGACCAAAUCCCAGUUGGGGAUAGCGUUCUUGCUUCACAAGGUAUAGAAAAUACAAGCAUACCUGAAACUACUCAUGAAAUGAACCAGAGCAUCUUAUCAAUAAAAGGAGAGGAGGCGAACAUCAUGGCUCAUGAACCUGAAGUUCCAUUGAUAGCUAAUAUGCCUCUUGAAGAGUCUGACGAGUCUAAAGUUCCAUUGAUAUCUCAUACACCUUUUGAAGAGUCUGACGAAUCUGAAGUUCCAUUAAUAGUUAAUCCACGUUUUGAAGAGAGAGAAAUAUUUUCUUCAUUGGAGGACCUGCGUGGUAUGUACCUUUUCAAGGCAACGGAUUGGAGAGCAUCCUAAACUAACCCACCCUAAGUAUAAGAGAUCAAUUAUUGAUUAACAAUAGAGGUUUAAUUUUUCUUUAUUAUUUUUAUAUAUACCUAUUGAUAUGGUUCUUAUGUUUAAGGAACUUAGUAAGUCAUGGUUUCAUUAUAUAUGAUUUUUAUAUAUAUCUAUUGACAUGGUUCUUAUGUUUA